UGUAAAAUCUCAUCAGGUUCAUUUCUCCAUCCCUAAAAUCUUCCUUGAUAUUUUUCAUUACAUUCCAUUCCAUUCAUCAUAUAUAAAGACUUCGUAUUUCAAUUUGCCGAGGUUUUUAAUUAAUGGAAUGGAAUGGAUCGUUUCUGACAACAGAAUGAACGCAAAAUAUUUUCGAAUUGUGUUUCUACAUCAAUCCAAAAUAUGAAACUUUCAUUUUUUAAUUGAUUAUUUAUUACGUUCAUAUAUUUAUAUAUAUAUAUAUAUAUAUAUAUAUAUAUAUAUAUAUAUAUAUAUAUAUAUAUAUAUAUAUAUAUAUAUAUAUAUAUAUAUAUCUUUCUAAAUUAUAGAAAGAUUAUAAAAUUAUGGGACGAAGUAAGUUGCCAUUGUUGAAGAUUGAGAGUUUGACAAACAGACAAGUUACAUUUAGCAAGAGAAGAAAUGGAAUCCUCAAAAAAGUUUAUGAAUUAUCAGUUUUAUGUGAUGUGGAUGUUGCAAUCAUCAUGUUUUCUCCUUCUGGUCGUCUCACACAUUAUUCACGUAAAAGAAGAAUUGAAGAUGUUCUCUCGGAACUCAUCAGUCUCCCCGAUAGUGAAAGAGGAUUCUAUAUCAGCAAUAAAGAGUCUCUACUUUGGAACCUAAGGAAGAUUGAAAUUGAAGAUAAAUUCUGCGAUAUUGAAAGGAUAAAUCCUGCAUACAUCAACGCAAAUGACACGACAAAGAAAAUUCAAGAGGAAAUCAAUGGCUUACACUGUAAACUCGACGAGGCUGAGGGAUUACUAAGAAUAUUUGAACCAGAUACACAGAGAAUUACAUCACUCCAUGAGCUUGAUUUGUGCGAAAAACGUCUUCAAGUUGCCCUGAACCAAGUUAGACAAAGAAUGGACCAACUCUCGAGCAAUCAUACAUCAAGUUAUGAAGAUAAUAUGGAGCAAAUAAAUGCACUCCUCCAACACAUGGAUAACACACAAGUUGAGGAAACAAAUCCCUCAUUGGAGAAACACCCCUAUGACUUAUGGCUAGACCUUGAAGAUUAUAAUUACCAAUAUACUCAUGAGAACAACAAUAAUAGUCCUUUCUAUGCUGCCUCAGAAACAUCUUCUCUUUCUCAAAGCUCUAUGAACAUUCCAUCCUCAACUGUUUAUGAUGCAAUGUCCCAAACCACAAGUAUAAGUGGCGACACUUAUCAUAAAGAAGGAACCUUUAAUUCUCAGCAAUCACAACACCCAACCAGGACUUUACAAACUUCAUUCAAAUUUGUCAAUCCUGCAAUGUCCCAAACAAGCGCAGAAGGAAGUUUUAGCUCCCUAACUGAUGAAAACUUUAGGCAAUCACAAUGUUCAAAUAGGGUCUUCCCAGCUAUCACUCCAUUACAAACUUCAUUCUCUUUUGCCAAGGCUGAAAUGGAAACUCCAACUUCAGCACUACGACCAUUGGCACCAUAUCUACAGGCUGAAGCGGUACCAUCUUCUAGCCAGCAACAAUUAUCUUCUUGUAGUAAUGAAGAAGAGAAUCGUGAAAUCUCUUGGUUUCAGCCUAAAAUGAAAAAAUCCAAGCAUCAGCAUUCAGUUUGACUAUAUAUAUAUAUAUAUAUAUAUAUGUUGGAAACAUACAAAAAUAUACAUAUAUACAUACAUAUAUAUAUGUUGGAAACAUACAAAAAUAUAUCAUACAUAUAUAUAUGUUGGAAACAUACAAAAAUAUACAUAUAUACAUAC